AUGGGCUUAUCACACCUGUGGAGCAGCAGCAUGCUUAUGAAUAAUGGCAACAAGAGCAGAGACUACAGUGCGCUCAUGUUUUCGGGCCAGUUCCCGAGGGUGUACAACUGUGAAGAUGUGGAGGCUGGCUGGUUUGACUGGUGGGAGAGUGCAAGCAUUCAUACCCCUCCCAAGGAGGCAAAGGAAGAAGGUACAUUCAGCAUGGUGUUGCCCCCACCGAACAUCACUGGUGAUUUGCAUCUUGGCCAUGCGCUGACUGUCACCAUACAGGACACAUUGGUGCGCUGGCAUCGUAUGUGUGGCAAGCGAGUGGUGUGGGUGCCCGGCUGCGACCAUGCUGGGAUUGCCACCCAGCUGGUGGUAGAGAAGCAGCUCUGGGCUGAGCAGGGAAUCACACGGCAGCAGCUGGGACGUCAGGCAUUCCUGGAGGCCACUCAUGCUUGGAAGAAGCAGAAAGAAGCCAACAUUCUCAGGCAGCUGAAGAGGCUUGGUGCGUCCCUCGAUUAUUCACGAUACAUGUUCACCAUGGACAAGCCAAUGAACGAAGCGGUCACGACAGCAUUUGUGAGGCUCUUCGAUGCGGGUCUUAUCUACCGGGAAAAGAAGAUGGUGAACUGGUGCUACUGGCUGCAGUCGGCCAUCUCGGACAGUGAGGUCAAACAUGUUCCCAUAUCCCCUGGCGAAGUAAUAAAGGUGCCUGGAUCAGACUAUGGAGUUGAAGUUGGCUUCCUCGAAAAAGUUGCCUUUCCCAUUGACAACUCUGAGAUUGAGGUUGCAACCACCCGACUAGAGACGAUGCUUGCUGACACGGCUUUGGCUGUCCACCCUGAAGACCCCCGUUACGCUCACUUCAUUGGGCGCCGAGCGAGGCACCCAAUAACAGGCCGAGAGCUGCCUGUUGUGGCUGACAGCCAAGUGGACAGAAGUUUUGGAACUGGGGCCAUGAAGGUGACACCCGGCUAUAGUAAGAUGGACUAUGCACUCUCCAAGAAGCACUCUCUGCCUGCCCUGGAGUGCUUCGAUGACGAGGGUAGGGUCAUCGAAGGCUACAACGCAUUCACUGGCCUAUCGCGGUUUGAAGUGCGAGAUGCCAUCCGCGAACGACUGCAGCAGACAGGGGCAUACCGCAGUCGCCUGCCGCAUGCGACUACUGUGCCCGUCUGCAGCCGCUCAGGGGACCUCCUGGACUUCCGGCUCAAGCCACAGUUCUUCCUGAGACUUGAACGGCUCGCACGGGAGGCACUGCAGGCAGUGGAAAGUGGAGAGCUGGUGCUUGAGCCAGACCAUUGCCGGAAAGCCUGGUUGGAGUGGCUUACAAAAACCGAGGACUGGUGCAUAUCUCGUCAACUGUGGUGGGGCCACCAGAUUCCGGCCUACAGAGUGCUCAAUGCCGAUAGCGAGGAGGUGUGGGUGAGCGCAGCAACUGCUCAGGAGGCAGCUGCCAAGGCUGCUGGGAAGCUGGGAGUGGAGCGGGAGGAUGUGCUGCAUUUGCGACAAGAUGAAGAUGUCCUGGAUACAUGGUUCUCUUCCGCACUUUUCCCGUUCUCCGUGUUUGGCUGGCCACAAAAGACUCGGUCCCUGCGCCAAUUCUACCCACUGUCUGUGAUGGAGACUGGACAAGAUAUCCUGUUCUUCUGGGUGGCACGCAUGGUCAUGCUGGGCAAAGAACUCACCGAACAACUGCCUUUCAAUAAGGUUCUGCUACAUGGCAUGAUCCGAGACUCGGAAGGGCGUAAGAUGUCAAAGUCUCUUGGCAAUGUCCUUGAUCCACUUGACAUCAUCCAUGGAAAGUCUUUACAGGACAUGGAGGCAGCAACUUAUGAUCUGCACCGACGAGGCUACAUCGGUAAAGAAGAACUGCGCACAGCAUUAAGAAGUCAGCGGAAGGCAUUCCCCAAUGGCGUCACUAAGUGUGGCAGUGAUGCUCUGCGCCUGGCUCUGCUUUUAUACGACGUCACAGAUUCAGUCGCAGCUGAGUGUGGUGGAUCGUUGGCUCCUGAGCUGCCUUGCACAUUUUGUCAGCACCUGUAACGAUUCUCUGUCAAGCGGAAGACUGCACCACUUUGCUGCUGCCAUCCAAACCUUCGUUGUUCUGCAGCUCUGCGAUGUUUAUCUGGAGAGUAUGAAAGCAGCAGUUUGGGAGAGUCGCACCUCAGAAUUGGAGCGAACAUGCAGCGUCCUCUGGGUGGCUAUGGGCACCACGCUACGCCUCAUGGCACCUGCAGCACCCUUCCUCUGCGAAGAGGUCCACCAGCGUCUGUCGGCACUGUUUGACAAAGGAGAAAGCAUUCCCAGCAGUAUUUGCACAGCUCCUUAUCCCACUAGUGAACAGUGGUGUCUGUGGAGGGCGGAAGACUUGGAGCGUAGCAUGCAGCGGACCCUGGCCAUUGUUUCGUCACUGCGCAGUGCCAGACUGUCGUGCGGGUUGAAGCAGCCCAGAGCAUUCGUCAUGAUGGAGGAUGAAAACGCUGACUUUGUACGUCAGCUAGCUCCGACCAUGUGCCACUUGGCAAAGCUGCAAGAACUCACGGUACUCAGCAGCACCACUUUGUCGUGGGAACCACCAAGUGAGGCUCACUGGACACGAGCCAUGGUGGACUCCAGUGCAGAUAUCUAUAUUGAGACUGAUAAAGAAGCGGUUCAGAUGGCACUGCAGCAGCGCCUUGAGAAGCUCCUCAACAGGCUCAACUCCCUGGAGCGGCGACAGUCACAUCCAAGAUACAGGUUCCAAAACUCUGCAGCAGAGCAGGCCAGGCACACUGAACAGAUUGCCAACAUGAAGAAAGAAAUCGCAACGCUGCAGGGAUCUUAACAUUCCGCAGGUGCAGUUGUUAUCCCCAAAGGCAAAGGACGGCACAAGGUGGACAGUUCUUACGGAUAAAUGUGACUCCUGUGGUUUUGUUGACUUUCUCCAUGAACAUAAGUGUUUCUUUGUGAUUUUCUUUUUUUUUUUUGUGUGCAACAACGAUAUGAUCUCAUGAGGUUUUUAAGUAUGGUCAGUCUUCUGCAAAGAACAAGCUUUGACUGAAGAGUUCAACAUAGUUACUGUGUGACUCAUUUACUGCAUAGACCACUUAUAAGUCGCCGGAGUCGCGAAUAUCCGCACUUUAAGCGGUACCGCACUAUAACCAAAACAACAUUUUCAAAAGCUGCACGUGUGCAUAAAAUGAUGAACAGGCAGCCGCGCGAUUCUUACAAUCGGGGCAUGUGACUUAGGUCUAAAUUUGCAUCCACUUAAGUUUGCAAAUUUUGAAAGGUAAAGACUGGAACAAACUGCGCUGGACACGGGACAGUGAAAGAACGACAGGUCUGUCGUUUUUUCAGCGUCCCGUGUCCUGCGCUGUUAAUCCCCGUCUUAAUCAUGUGCCAACGAGCCCAGUUAGGUGCACUCCUGAAAGGUUAACGUCUGUGCAACCGUGCUGCCGACAUAACGAACACAGGAAAAAAAAAAUUUGCAGUGGCUUAGCUCAGCCAUGCCAGGAUAUACGUAGCGUUAGCAAAGGUUCAGCUGAUUAUUCUUAGCUUUCCAGAUUGUCUAUGAUUAUUAGCCUUCUUCUGUUCAUUCUUCGUAAGCUGACCCGCCAAUUGCCAGGCAACUACUUUGGGAUCCGAUGAGAUAAGCUUCUCAGCUUUUCUGCGCCGUUGAGCAGCAUUUGCGCUCUCCUUCUCCAUGGCGUUACCCACCUGCAAACGUCAGUCAGAGGCGCUAUCAAGCGGCUCCAGCGCAGUGUCAGACGGCGACUGCACAGCGAAGGCGAAUAGCUGCGCGCGCGCCGGCGCCAGUGUGUCUGCCAUGGCUACGUCACUCCUCUCGAAUGUGCAGACCAGCAGCGGCGAGCCGCGUGCGGCGGUGGCGGAGUGUUCGCGCGCCGGCGCCAAUGUGUCUGCCGCGGCUACGACGCCACUCCUCCCGAACGCGCAGACCAGCAGCGGCUAGAGCGACUAGACCAGUAGCGGCUAGCAGCGGCGAGUCGCGCGCGGCGGUGGUGGAGAGCGUGUGAGAUGCCGACUCCGGUGAGCCAGCUGUGCUGAUCCUCGCGCAUGCGCAGCACAGCUCAUGAGGAUCCACGCGAAAAUCGGCUCCGGCUAGGCAAGUGUAUACCUGACGCUACAAAAGAAGAAAAAAAAAGCGCCGUAGCAGAAUGUUGCCGACUAACUUUCCGGGUACCCUCGUUUACGCGGACUUCACGGUAGCACGCUGCGCAGAAACUAUAAACUUUUUCACAGACGGCUCCCUGGGCGCCGCAUAGUCCUCUCUGGGCUGCGCUAAAUAGGCGCGACCCCCCAGAAGUGCACUGCCGAGGCUGGGACGUCAGCCUUUGUACUCCCCCGCGCAGCCCAGCAAGGCGGCGUUUUUUCUUUCCUGUGAAAAGAUCUAUAAGUCGAACGGCAACUGAAAUUCCGCACAUUUUUGAUUUUCUGGGUGCGUGCGCAAUGUCGAAAACGGUGGCGACCGCGAACUGCCACUCGAAUGUUGCACUGCACGCGCUCCUUUUAGUUAAAGAUGUAAGUCACCCCUUCCAAAUGCGACAACUGCAAAACGUUUCGUUGACUCGGCACCACGGUGAGCUCGGCACUGAACCAGCUUUGGUCGUCCGCGGUCACUACCGAUGAGGCAGCUAGCGCUCGUUAGGCUUAGCGUGCGGUUACAACCAGCGUUUACGUUGCAACUUUGCAUGUCGUUGCGUAAAGAUAACACGGAGAUCGGGCAAAGAA